AUGCGCAUGUCGAAUGAUCAAAACUUGGUACACAUUCUCAAGUAUUAUGAUGCCCUGUUUCAUGUUAAUAGUGGAUCAGUAUGCAACAAGUGUUAUCAGUGCAACAGCAAAAAGGACAAAGACUGCACUUCUAAUAAGGUCGAUCCAAAAUAUCUCAAACUGUGUCCAAUGACUCACCCGUAUUGUCGUAAAUAUGUUUACAAAUACUACUUCACGGGUUCUAAAGAAUACUCGACAACUCGCGAAUGUGCAAAAUGGAGAAAUGCCGAAAGGGAAUGUUAUCGAGGACGUUAUCCAGAUGACAGUUAUCAAUUGACUUGCGAAUGCAAGGGUUUUGCUUGUAAUCAUGCAACAACCAGAACUAAUUUCAAACCUUUGUGUUUAUUUUAUAUCCUUUCUCAACUCUUAGUCAUUUUAUUCGUCAAUUACAUUAUACUUGAUGUUCGAUAA